AUGCAGGUACGGAAGCCGCGUACGAUAUACAACAACGAGCAGCUGCAGGCGCUCCAGCGCAAGUUCAAGGAAAACCAAUAUUUAUCGCUGCCCGAACGCGCGAAGCUCGCCAACUCGCUCGGCAUCGACCAGACCCAGGCAAGGCGCCCCACCCCGCAGUGUUCUUUUUCUGUGGAUUUUGCUAUGCGGAAGCCCCGAACGAUCUACUCGUCCCACCAGUUGGGCGAGCUGGAGAAGGCAUUCCGGGGCAGCAAGUAUUUGGCGCUACAGGAUAGGAGCCAGCUCGCCGAGCAACUCGGACUCACCCAGACCCAGGCACGGCUU